GACGAAGGGAAACAGCAAAGGGCCAUGGCAAGCCUGGACGGCGCUGGUUUGCCUGACAUGAACUCCUGGCUAGUUGCGCUAAUCCCCACGGGCGUCGUUAUCAAGACGGGGGAACCUGGAACUGCCAAACGUGAAACCGGCCAUGCCGGCGCGGCGACUAACACGCAAGUCUCGCCGAUCGGUGGUGGGGCUCCGGGUUUUGACGGCCAUUCAGGACCCGGCCAUAUGGGUCAGAUGUCGGCGGCGUUUGGUACUCACAGGCAUGGCCGAAAGCAGAUCAGGGUCCAAGAGAGCGUUGCGAGUUGAAAUUGAAUGUCCGCAAUUCGCGCUUUGUUUUCCGAUCAAGGACCAGCUAGCGAAGGAGCAACAUCGUCGCCAACUAUGGAGAGGUAGACCGGGCCCGGGACUUAGGAAUGAGAUUGCAGCCUUGGCCCCCCAUUCCAUUUCUUGCCGAGCUGCCGAGUACUCGUACUAUGUUAUAUUGCUGUUUACUUGGCGUCGUCGUGCUUGUGGGAGGCGGUGUUGCACCGCCUUUGUGACGGCCAGAGCACUCCCCCUCAGGGUGUCGCGAUCGAAGCCGCGAUGUGAGGGUGGAACAAACGGCACUCGGCUUGCUCGAUAUAGCUCUGCCGAGACGGAUGUCGCGUCAGCAUGAUUUGGGUGGGGUGGGAUAAGGUGCAGCCUCCUGCUGGCGACCAAGAAGCAGGGGCUUUAUCGUGUCACGCAAGAGAGUUGGGCGCCAAAGAGUCA